AUUUCCCGCCGAGAACAUAACAUAAAUUUUUGGACCCACAAUUCAAAUUUGCUAUGAUCGGAUGUGACAGCCGGAGUAAAGCGCUUGGCAGUCUUCAAGACUAUCUUCAUGGUAUUGAGUCCGAUACUGCUACACUUUUGUCUUGUACAGAAAAUACGCGUGGUGUUUAUUCUGAAGUCUCAAGUUCAGAAGCUUUUGCAAGGGCCAACCAGUUUGUGAACGAGUCGCAGGCCCUCUAUUUAAAGCUUUCUAGCAUGUUUAAUCUCGUGAGAGAAACACCCACAAUAGAGAAAACUAUUCAGGAGGGAUACAUUUAUUUGCAGAAACAGCAAGAGAGAUUGCACUUGCUCUUGGAAUCGCAAGGUAUGGAGGACCUCUUACCCAACGAAUACAGUGGAGACGACAAUGAGAGGUCGGCCACAAGAAAUUUCGGCUGCUCUGAAGAAAAGGCAGGAAGAUUUUCAGCACACAAGAGCGAAAAGUCGCGUUCUAGUCUAGAUGAAUGGGAAGCACCAACUUUAGAACAGAUAGGGCUUUCAGAGACUUCUCUUGAAGCACUCAAAACACUAAAUGUGGCAUCUCCAAAUCCUAAGGCAGGUUUUGCCACUCCACCAUAUUCACGUGGACUUCGACAAGAGCUUCCUGAACUUCAAGAAUCUUACAAUUAUCCUUCUCGAUUUUCAGUAACUUCCAGAGAAGCAAGAAUAAGAGAAUGGGAAUUUGAGAAACACGUUGCACCCUUUGUAAGACAUAGUAUUUCUGUUACAGAAAUAUCUGAGAAACUUUCUUUGUUGCUUGAAGCAUCUGCUGCUAGAAAUUCAAAACGAUUUACUCAGUCUCAGUUAGCACAGAUCUUUCAUGCCUCAAGCAGCAAGCUUAAGCUGUAUUGCCUUGCUCUUGUUCAACUAAAGUAUCUUCGUAUAGAAGGCGAUGACUUGAUUUUAGUAGAGAGUUAGUAGUGAAAGCCUUCUAUAGUGUUCUGAAUAAAUUUUUGAGGAAUGUA